CAGCUAUCUUUUUCUCGACUUCAACCGUUGUCUUUAUCGAAUCACGCAAUGAAGAAAAAAUGCAUAACGGAUGUGACAAAUUCAAUACACCGAAUCGUCUUAUUUUGUUUGAUUAUUUAAAAUUAGUUAAAACCAACGAUCAAGGACAUCAAAAAUCAUCAGUGAUGGAGGUAAACACAGGAACCGAACGGAUUAAAAACAAGGGUGAACCGAUGAACGUAGAUGACGUAAACAAAGCAAAUAUCGAUAUGGAGAUAUCCGAUUCAGAUUCAAGUAUAAAACUUAGACUCAGUUCUUCAACCGAUCAGGUGACUGAGUCUGAUUCGGAAGAUAAUUCCAGUGAGAUUAUUCCCUGUUUUAAACAGGACAUUAAGGAUCCAGCAAAGACAAUAGUUCAACAUCAAGUCAAAGGGAAUGAGGCAAAAAUUGUUGUCAUCUUGGAGAACGGAGAACAGAGGCUCAUUUCAUUUGGGGUGCCUGAGGAUGAUUGCACAGUUGCUGAUUUAUUGGAACAAGCAAAUAUACAGGCUUCCCAAGAGCCCCGUGUUUCGUUGGUAUCAGAUCCAACUCUACACAUAAACUACAUUGUUGAUGUCACGGCAAAGACGAAUUAUGAUGAAAGUGAUAGAGAAUCCUCCAUCGAGUCUGGAAGCCUAGUCAAAAGUGGUAGAACUGCUUUGUUAACGGGUUCAACAGGCUCAAAUGCAAAGGUUGCAAAAUACAUCAAAGGUAUGCUGGCAGUUUGUCCAUUCUGUGGAAUGAGUGCAUCAGACUUUAAUUAUUGUAUGAGAUGUAAAAGAAAACUACCUGAUGAUAUAAAGUCAAUACCUAUAUCUACGGGUACUAUGACAAAAAGAGAUAACUCAUCGUCUGAUCAUUCAAGAAACAAGAUUCAGAAUUUCUAUUCAUCAUUUGUCAAGAAACAAGAUUCUAGAUCGUUACAAAGGGCAGAAACCAUUUCUAAAAGAAGUAGAAAAGGAUGGGUCACUGAUAAACAAAAGGAUAAAAUGAAAAAAUUCCAUAAUAAUUCCAUUGAAAUGUCUAAAGUUGAAGUUCCUGAGUCUAAAGAAAAAGUAAAGAUGAUCAACGACGUGAAGUCUGAAAUCCCAAAUAAUUUAAAAUCAAAUUUCUGUGUAGGAUUCGAUGGGCAAGUUUCAGGUAGAGGUAGAGACACUGACCCAGUUAUACCACCUACUACCAAUUUGUUAGUUACUCUUAAAUGUCGUACUGUGAUAAUUGGAUCUUACAAAUUUUUUCCAGACUGUGAAAUUACAAUAACUUCAGAUAUUUUGCUAAUCCAAGUACCUUCAUUGGAAGAUGAGAGAAAAUCCAUAUCAUUAAAAAUUAAAUAUGGAGAAAUGUUGGCACUUUUAAUACAUUUUUCCAAGUCUAUGCCAGUUCUAUUUUUUUACACAAACAUACCGACUGGUUCGAGAAUAAGAGAUAUAUUAGGUAUGCAGGAUCCCAAGGGACCAUAUUAUGAUCCAGCUAGUAAAGAUCAAACACAUAAACGAAUUACAUUACUUCCUGAAAGAAUUACGGAUGAUGCGAAGUUAACACUGAAAGAAAUAUUUAGGCCCAUUAUGAGUGAAUUAAAUGGGAAAGAAGCUAAUGAUAUUCUUGUAAAAGCUUCUCCUAGAGCAGUCCAAGUUCCAGCUCCAUCUCUAGUUAAAAAACCUCGCAGAUCAACAAGAACAAAAAAAAUGAAAUGUUCAACUUGUGACAAAGAAAAAAAUAAGAAAAAGAAAAAAUCCCAUAAUAAUUUUAUUCAAAUGUUUAAAGUUCAAGUUCUUGAACCAAAAGAAAAAGCAGCGACAAUCAAUGAGAAGGAACCUGUAAUCACAAAUACUUUAAAAUCAAACUUGCCUGUGGAUUUCGAUAUCCCAGUUUCAGCUAUUUUACUUAUAGGCACAAGUAAUGGUAAAGACGCUGACACAGUUAUACCAACCACUGUCAAUUUGUUAGUUACAAUCAAAUGUAAUACAGUGAGAAUAGGAUCUUAUAGAUUCAUUCCAGACAGUGAAGUUACCAUAACUUCAGAUUAUUUACUAUUAAAAGUACCUUUACUCCAAGAUGAGACACACUCCAUAUCAUUAAAAAUUCAUUAUGAAGAAAUGUUAGCUCUUUCAAUAAAUUUUUCAAAGUCUAUGCCAGUUUUAUUUUUGGACACAAAUUUGUCAACUGGACUGAGAAUAAGAGAUUUAUUAGGUAUGCAGAAUCCCAAAGGUCCAUAUUUUGAUCCAGCUAGUAAAGAUCAAACACAUAAACGAAUUACAAUUCUUCCUGAAAAAAUUACAGACAAAGUGGAAUUAAUGCUGAAAGAAAUAUUUAAACCUAUUAUGAAUGAAUUAAGUUGGGAACAAGCCACAAACAUUCUUUUUCAAGCGGUCUUGUGAUACAAAUAUUUUUCUUUAUUUUGACUACUUUUUCUUUGAUUAUUGUUAAGGUAUGAGAA